AUGAUCAAGUCAGAGACUUCUAAGCUUGCUGGAAAAGUUGUUGACUUGUUCUGUGCAUCCAUGUUUGAUGUGGCCAAAGAAUUUGGAGUCCCACAUUACUUGUUUUUAACUUGUGGAGCUUCCGCGCUUGGCCUAAUGUCGCAUCUUCAAAGUUUGAGAGAUGAUCAUAAUCUGGAUGUUACUGAUAUUAAGGUUUCUGAUGACAGUACCGAGAUUGACGUUCCGGCUUAUUUCAAUCCGGUUCCGACCAAAGUCUUGCCAUCUGUACUUUUGGACAAAGGAGUUAGCAAGGUGCUUCUGGAUCAGGCUAAGCGGUUCAGGGAGGCUAAGGGAAUAAUAGUCAACUCAUUCAAAGAGUUGGAGACCCAAGCCAUUGAGGCAUUGAGUAAGGACAGUAAUAUUCCUCCUGUUUAUGCCAUUGGACCUUUGUUGAAUCUUAAAGGAGAGAAAUGUAGUAGUAAUGAUAGCCAGAAGAAGCGGCAAGAAGAUGAUGAUCAGAGUAUUUUCAAAUGGAUAGGUAGUAGACAAGUGACCUCAAUGGUGGAGUUCCUUCAUGAAGCUAGUUCAAGCCCAGAUGCAAAUUGUAGCAGUAUGCACAGUUCUUGA